CCAUGGACCAGAGCACACCAGGCACUCCUGUCUUCCACUGCCUCUUGCAGUUUGGUCAAACUCAUAUUAGUAGCUUUGAGAACACUGUCCAGCCAUCUCGUCCUCUGUCGUCCCCUCCAUCUUUCCCAACAUCAGGGUCUUUUCCAGGGAGUCUUCUCUUCUCAUGAGGUGGCCAAAGUACUGGAGCCUAAGCUUCAGAAUCUGUCCUUCCAGUGAGCACUCAGAGCUGAUUUCCUUAAGAAUGGAUAGGUUUGAUCUUCUUGCAGUCCAUGGGACUCUCAAGAGUCUCCUCCAGCACCAUCUACAUUACUCCAUCAAAAAAGGAAUCAGGUCUUCAUAAAGAAUCAUUAGCAAAGCAUCAUCAGCAUUGUCCAUAUGGGACAGACAUUUACACCCAGCCUCUGUUGUUUGCCUCCUCCAAGAAAGUGCAUCCUGAUUGUACUAAAUUGUGGUAAGGCUCUAUCCUGUCCACCUUCUUCCUGAAAAUAGUGAGCUCAUGAAACUCAAUAACUUACUUUUCCAUUCACCAGAUGUGUUUUUUUCAGCAACUGUGCCUAGUACCUACCUUUUGCCUUAGGCACAAGUUCAGAGAUGUGAUGGGGUGAAGGAGAGGGAAAGAUGUUACCUUUAUGCCCUGCUGGUCACUACUGGAAACAGUUGGAAGCAGAGUACUGGAUUUGGUGGUCCUUUGGUCUGAUGCACAAGGUUCCUCACAUAGUGAAUUCAGUUGCAACUGAAAACUAGAUGCAAUCAGGCACAUAUAUUAGCUCUGCCACCACCCUAAAGUUGCAGCUGCUACUACCCUCGCCACCCAGGUGCCCUUCAGCAGUCAGACUGUUUCUUGCUUACAUCUGUACUUCCCUGUCACCAUUUUUGCAAAUAAUAUGUCUGGUUUCCAUGAGUCUCCCCACUUUGCCUCGCUGUUCACAACUCAUUCCCCGCUGGGUGUGUGUCUCAGAGCCAGCAUGUUUGCUACACACUUGUUCCUAUGCUGAGUUUUCCAUGCUCCCUUGAACCUGCCUCUGCAGCCAAGGCGGGAGCUCCCAAGUCAAGUGCCAUCCAGGGUUCCUCCUCUCUCCCCCCCACCCUCAGGGAAGAGCAUCACUUUCUGCUUCAUUUCCUAGAAAGAGAACAGGACUCUUUUUAUUCUUUUUUCUGUGUGCAAAAGUCGCUGUGACAUUCAUUACUGUGCUGGCUGGAACACGGCAGAGAUGAAGUGGAAGCAAGUGCUUUUUUGUUCCUGCCUCAUGGCUUUAGUGCUUCUGAUUGUUCUUGAAGAAGGUGGUGCCGUGGCUGUGGAGUCCAAGAAAGCAGCAGCUGGGGAACUCAGCAAGGAAAGUGUUAAAAAGAGAGUCUUCAUGAAGGAAUCAGAUGCCUCUAACUUUUUCAAGAAAAGAGGCAAAAGAUCUACCAAGACCAGAGACGAGCUCAAUGCCGAGACCCGCCAGAUGCUGGCUGCUGACGAACAAAGGAGGGAAUACUAUGAGGAGCAGAGGAACGAGUUUGAGAACUUUGUUGAGGAAGAGCGUGAUGAGCAGGAUGAGAGAAGCCGAGAGCAGAUUGAGCAAUGGCGCCAGUACCAUUAUGAUGGUCUCUACCCACCGUACCUAUAUAACCGGCACAUUGUCUAGGGCAGAGAGGAAGAGCGGGGAACAC